CACAUGCGCAUUUAGUGGUAACAUAAAAAGCUCUGGUGUCGCUGUUUUUCAUCUUGAAUGGUGACUUUGAAACUUUUAAGGUUAUAUUCGAUCAAAUUGUACAAUACUGUGUCUCAAAGAGUGUUAUCUCAUUUAUCAGUGCUAAUAAUUGUAUAAAACUUAGUGGAUUAUUUAAAAAUUUAAAUUAAACAGAAACCGAACUCUGGCAAAUUAUUAUAAACCUAAAACAAUUAUAAAAGUGUAAUUGAAAAAAGAAAAAAAAACAGGUCGAUAAUGUCGGCUCGAAACAUCCUUAGGAUAAUGUGGCAUGAUAGGAUGGCCAAUCUGGCCGUUUGACAAAUAAUUACGACAUUUAUUAAUUUAAACUUAUAAUUUUUAUAUUAGUUUUGUUUUAUUAAUUUAUAAUGGUUAAAGAAAAGCCCAAUUCUACUCGUAUUUAUGAUUCUGAGGGCUACAGACGUAGAGCAGCGUGCAUUUGCGUCAAGAGCGACCUCGAGGAUGAGGUGCUGCUGGUGACAUCAAGCAGAAGACCCGAUAGUUGGAUAGUACCUGGAGGUGGUGUCGAGCCUGAUGAAGAUCCAGCUGUGACAGCUCUCCGCGAAGUGCGAGAAGAAGCUGGUGUCCUCGGACAUCUAGGACGAUGUCUUGGUGUCUUUGAGGUUCAUAAAAACAUUGAGCAUAAACACCGUACUCAAGUCUGGGUGAUGCGAGUCACUGAAGAAUUACCAGAAUGGGAAGACUCACGUAACAUUGGACGGAAAAGAAAAUGGUUUACAAUAUCUGACGCAUUGAUACAAUUGGCACAACACAAACCCGUCCAACGGUCAUAUAUUCACAGUCUACGUAAUACAAAUCCACGACGUGGUGCAUCAACAAACCCGACACCGCUUCAUCCUCAUUCUCUGCCUACUCCGAUUCAGCUUGUAACCAAUUCAACUUCUGAUCCUCAUCUCAGUAAACAUAGCUAAUGUUAAACAAUAUUAAUUUUUCAUUUUAUAAUAUUAAUAUACUGAGUAUUUUGCAUCACAUCAUCAACAUCAGCAUCUCCAUCUAUAUCUGCAUCAUUAAUUAUCAUCAUAAAAACGCCUCUUUUGUACUGCGACGAUGUUGUACUGCAGUGACAACGAUAACUCUAUCACUUGUAUUUUAUAUAUUGAAAAAAAAAAUUAAAAAAAAAAAAAAAUUAUGAAAGACAGAAGGAAAGAAAAAAAAAUUAUUAACUGUCAUAAUUACUUAUUAUUCAUUUAUGCAGAACGCUAGAAGAAAAGAAAAAGAAUAAAGACGAAAAGUUAAAGAAGAAAUAAAAAAUUGUAUUAAACUCCCAGCUAGGAGAUUAAUUAUUAUACAUUAAUAAAGAGAAAUUUAUAUGCUAAUAAUGUA